AUGAUCAAGGAUGGAAUAAUUUCAAGAUCAUCUGGUUCCUUCAGAGACAUGUACAACGAAACGAUACAACGAUGGUUGCACACAAUUCAGGAAACUAAACUGAAGUCAUUUGACAAAGACGGUGUAUUCUUAAAGACCUUUCCUUUGGUCAACCACACAGGUAGAACAGGAUAUUUGAGCAACGGUGAAAACAUACCUGAAGCUUUAAGAGGAAGUUUCAGACAAGGGUCCGCUAAGUUUGAUUUUACUAUUGAUUUUGAUAUGGCAGAAAGAGUUCUUGGUGGUGACAAUUUUGCAUCUGAUGUAGCAACGAAUGAUCUACGAAAGGGAAGAUACUUCGGAUUCCCUCCCGAUAAAGUACAGGGAAUUCUGCACUAA